AUGGAGCGCGGGGCUGUGCGGGCCAUGGCGGCCCGGCUGGGCCUGGCCGAGCCCGCCCUGCUCAGAAAAGCUGAGGAGUAUCUGCGGCUCUCACAGGUGAAGUGCACGGGGUUAAUGGCUCAAAUGACGGCGACGAGCAGCGCUGUGAUGUGCCUGGACCUGGCGGCGGCUUUCAUGAAACAACCGGUUGACAAAAGCUAUUGUGUCAAACUCUCUGGUUUGAACAAGACCACCUACCAGAGCUCCAUGAAGUCUUUGGAGUGUUUGCUAGGGGUGAACCAAAGGCUGGGGAUGCGAGACUUGGCUGUGCAGUUCUGCUGCUCAGAGGCAGUGACCAUGGCUUCAGAGAUCCUGCAGAGGUACGAGUGCAGCCUCUCGGAAGCACAGCGAGCAGACCUGGAUUUCUCCAAGCCCCUGUUUGUAACAGCUGCUCUGUGCACUGCAUGCAGGUGUUUGAAGCUAAAAGUGGACAAAACUAAAAUGGUGGCUACAUCUGGAGUGAAAAAAGCAAUAUUUGACCGGCUGUGCAGUCAGCUGGAGAAGAUAAGCCAGCAGCUCAGCAAGGCUGUUCCAGUGGCUGCAGAGACACCUGAGAGCUUGCAGAGCACCCUGCAGCAGUGUGAGCAGGAGGAUGGCUCUGAAGAGGAUGAGGAACUGCCAUGUAAACAGCCAAAGACUGAAACAAAUCAGGACUAUGAGGAAUGGAAAAAGAAAAUCCUGGAAAAUGCUGCUAAGGCACAAGAGACAAGGAGUAGUGACUCUGUAAUGCCACCCAGUAAUGUAACUGCUGCUUGCUCUUGAUUUUAACUCUCCCUCUGCUCUAACAAGAGAUCCAGUAGCAUGUGAAUGAUGGCUGCCUGGCAGACAGCUGAUUUUAUUUAGGUUUUAAGUAUUUAAGAAUGUUAUUUUUAAUAAAUGACACCAUGGAGUGGUGGGAUUUUA